UGGCAGCGGUUUUUCAUAAAUAAAUGUUUGAGUUAUGUAGAAAAACAUUUUGGGCGAGAGGAUUUUCGUUUUCGUUGCGAUUCAGUUAACAUUUGGCCAGCGGAUUCCGCCUUCAACGGACACGACGACGGACGCGCUAGCCAACUUUCCACUCCACUGCUGGCCAUAUGUACAGUUAUCCCCAGGACCCAAGCGGAAACGGUGACAGUGAACGGUUAACGGUGAAGGAUAACAGUAGCGGAAGCGAAAAAUUCAAGUUUAAAUGCCAGUGCAAAUGCCAAGUGAAGCUAGUGAAGAAACGCCAAAACGAACACAGUUCCUGAGCAAAAUAGUCAAACCAAAAAUAACAGUGUUGCGUCCUCUAAUAAAUUAAGUAAAUCCAGUACUUCAACUCAAACAGACUACAGUGAUUCCCUGCAAACAUGCACACCAGCACGGAUCCCAUGCACACUCUGCACGACAGUGUCUCCCUUUCGCCGCCGCUGCUCAAGAGCUCUAGAGGCGGCUCCUCCGUCGGCGGUGGAAUAGGAUGCAGUGCAUCUUCGCGAGCCGCCGCCGCAGAUGCCAUGUCCAUGGGGUGCGACGACAGCGACAUUGAGCCGUCGGCCAUCGGAGGAAGUGGUGCCGGCGGCGGAGACGGCUCCGGAUCCAGCGGCGGUCCGCUGGUGAAGCCACCUUACUCCUACAUCGCCCUCAUCACCAUGGCCAUUCUGCAGUCGCCACAUAAGAAGCUCACGCUCAGCGGGAUCUGUGACUUCAUCAUGUCGCGAUUUCCUUACUACAAGGAUAAAUUUCCAGCCUGGCAGAACUCGAUCCGGCACAAUCUCAGCCUAAACGACUGCUUCAUAAAGGUGCCCCGUGAGCCUGGAAAUCCGGGCAAAGGCAACUUCUGGACGCUGGACCCGCUGGCGGAGGACAUGUUCGAUAACGGGAGCUUCCUGCGGCGCCGCAAGCGCUACAAACGAGCUCCCACCAUGCAACGCUUCUCCUUUCCGGCGGUUUUCGGGACACUAUCUCCCUUUUGGAUCCGUAAACCCGUGCCACUCGUUCCGGUGCACUUCAAUGUGCCUAACUUCAAUGGAAGCAGGGAUUUCGAUGUGGUCCACAACCCAGCGGAUGUCUUUGAUUCAGCUCUAAGGGCGGAUAAGAAGUUUAACUUCUUUGCAAAUGCGGAGGCUUCAUUUUACCAGGGAAGUCAGUCGGGUGACAAAUUCGACCGACUGCCCUUCAUCAAUCGCGGACGAGGCGUGGAUGCUCUGGAUGCACUGCCGCAUAGCAGUGGCUCCGGCGGUGGAGGAGGAGGAGGAUCCGAGGGCAGCCGCGCCACCAAGUACAAAAGCCCCUACGCCUUCGAUGUGGCGACUGUGGCCAGUGCUGCGGGAAUUUCCAGUCACAGGGAUUACGCACAUCGGGUUUCGGGCGGUGGUUACAUGGAUCUCAAUGUGUACAACGACGAUGCGGACACAGAGGCAGAUGCGGAAGCCGAGGGAGAUGACGACUCCUGCGAGGACAAGAUCGACGUGGAGAGCGGCAAUGAGCAGGAGGACUCACACAUCUCGGAUUCGGUGGAUAGCGCCUGUACGAAUCGCCUGGAUGCACCGCCGGAUGCACUGAUCUUUGAGCCUGCGGAGGCAUCCAACAGCUCGCCACCGGGAAUGGGAAUCGGCUCCAGUCCAAGGAGACGGUUCGAAAGUGAGCCGCUGGUCCUGAGGACCAGCAAGCAGACCAGCGCCAAGGACUUCCGCAUCGAGACGCUGAUUGGCCACCACCUGCAUCACCGCGCCAGCCAGGAGGAGGCCAGCGACUAGGUGGGAUUCGACCAACCCAUCCGGAGCUUCCCCCAAAACCGAUUGGCUUGUGUACAGUCCAUCGAACGGUGAUUUCAGUUUCGAUCUAAGCACGUUUUAACACUCCACCCCCACAAAUCCAAUCCGAGCAGCAAGUAGUGAUCAGUAGGUGUAUCUGUAGGAUGUAGGAGCCAGCACUCGAGUUUUUAAAUGCGACCAAAUCAAAGCCAACGCUAUAGUUGCCAGUCCACUUACGUACUUUACAUAUAUAUCGGCGCGUAUAUCUAUGUAAAUCUGAUGCAUUGCACAUUUAUAGCAUACUUUUAACGUGAAUUCUAGAGAUCUAGAUCCUAGGCCUAUAUCUACCAUACAAGUACUAUUCAUGUGUAAGUGUGCGUGUGUGUGCGUGUAACUGUAACACAUCCAAGCAAGAGGAACACUAUUAACUAUAAAUUAGACUAAGAUUUUUGCUGAUGUUAUUGAAAAUUGAAUAAACAA